AUGCCGCCUCCAAGGCCACCAUCUCAGCGCAGCAACACAAGGCCGGGGUUCUCUCCCGGCACUUCCUCCAUCAACGCCGGGUCUUCUUACUCGCCGACGUUGAUUCAGCGUGGAGACUUGUACUCGAACUUGAACAGCCCUAACCGGACAUCCUCCCCUGGGCAUCCUACCCCCACUCCGUCUUCAGACGAGAGAAAGUCACGAACAAACGCCAAGAGACAAGAAAAGUCCAACAACAGCCGGGAAGACAACAUAGCCUGGCUCGACCACGUUUGGGGAGGAUCAAAUUGGCUGCCACCAGAUGUCCGGAAGGCUUUGAUCGAAUUUGGUUUCCCUCAGCCCGCCGUCGAUGUUGUCAAACACAUGAGAAGCAUUACUGAGUUGAUGCAAACCCAGGGCAUGGCCCUUGAUUCCCUCUGGGCCGAGGGAGGGCCAUUGAGAGAAGGGGUCAAUUCUGAUGUUGCUAGAAAGCAACACAAACGCCGACAAGAUGGUCCAGCUCCUCCCCAUUUGAGUGCUGCAAUCGCCAAACAAGUCCUAGAAUCGCUUCAGCAACAAGCAGAUGCCCAAGAACCAGGAGAAGAGGAUGUGAUAACAGAUUCGUUUGCCGAUGCCGAAGAUCAUAUAUCUGAACCGGACGAUAACGUUGUUUUGCUUGUUGAGACGACGACAGCAUCUGAAAUUCAAGACCUGACCAGCCCAGUAGCCAAGAAACGGCCACCUACACCCGCGAAUGAGCCUGUCUUCUCAGGAGCCCUGAAAAGAUUCCGGACCUUGUCAUCGUAUACCGCCGACCGAUUGCUCGACUGUCUUACUCCAGGCAAUCAGAUGGGCGAUGAUGCCCUCCAAGUCCUCUGCGAGGUGGUCAUGGCCCACCACAGACAGAAACACCGCCCCGCGAGACUCUUUCAUCCUUUUUGGUUCCAGAGCCAGGAGGACUUCCAACCACGAAGCUUUCCAAGGCUUGACGAUGGUUGUACUGCUGGAUUUCCUAUACACUGCCCGAAACCUUGGGAACCAGUGGAACACUGGGCAUUCGGUGUGAUGACGCCAAAGGGAGAGAAUAUGGAACUACGUAUUCACGAUUCAACGCCGACACCUGAGAGAUACGAGCGAAUCAAGAAAAGGUUCGAGGCCUGGAUGGAUGUCUCUAGCUACUCGGGAGAUGUUGAAUUCAUCAAGGAGAGCUGUCCCGGUCAAAAAGAUACUUGGAGUUGCGGUCUGCAUGCCGUGGCCUGCUUUCGCCGUGUUCUUCAGGGCAUUCCGUGUAGUGAGAACCCCGCGCUGGAUAUUCCCGCCGAGCAAGCACAUCAUCUGUCACUACUCCGUACCGUCGACACACGCCUACUCCCUACCGAUGUUGGCAAGGCUAUCGAGACUUUUCGAAGUGUCCAACGAGAAGCCGAUCUGCGACGCCUUAGCGCCGAUGAAGUUCUCAGACUCCGUGAUGAGUCGAGCAGUCGUCUACAGAAGGCAGAGAUGGAGAAGAUGAUUGGGGAUCAGGCCUUGGACAAGUCUCUUGAGGCCUUUUUAGCUCACGUGCGUCAACAAAAAGCCGAGAACGAGAGAAAAGUGCAGGAAGAAAGGGCCAGAUUCGACACUCUGAACCGCAUCUGCAAGGUGAGGGAAGACUAUGAACGAAAGGUCAAGGCCGAAGCAGAAAAGAAUCGCAUUCAGGAAGAAGUACGAAAGGCAGAAGAGAUGCUCAGAGCAGCGAGGAGCAAACUGGACGACGCGUCAGUCAAGCAUGACGCCAGCGUCACCAAGUUUGAAGAAUCGUUUGCGACUGCGGAAGCGGAGGAUUGGGAGGUCAACUUGGAGGGUGUUUCAAAGAUGUGGAAGCACUCGUGGGAUCAUUAG